CAAUGCAAUUAUCAGAAGUCACCUGGAUUACGGCUGUUUUCUGCUAGACCAUUGUAAUAAGGCAGGUUUGAAUAGUUUGGAUAAAAUACAAGCUAGAUGUUUACGUAUAAUUAUGGGGGCUAUGAAAUCUACUCCUAUCAAUGCCAUGCAAGUGGAGUGCGUUGAACCCCCCCUUCAUAUCCGUCGCCAGUACCUGUGUGACAGAUUUUUCUUUAAAAUUGUUCAAUCUACUUCUCACCCUCUUUUAGAUAAACUUAGAACUCUUUCACAGUCACUUCCAAGUAAUCCACGGUCCAUGCCUUGUCUUCUUCUUAGUUUCCGCAGUUUUUCUCAAUUAUCUUGCCCAACGUUCCAUUCCUCACUUAGUCCUUUGUACUCCCUUCCUUAUAAGGCCCUAAUUUUUAAACCAUCCGUCCUUCUCAAUUUCGGCAUAAAUAAAGGUACAAUUGAGGCAAACAUUGUUUUUAAUGAGAUAUUGAAUUCAAAAUGGGAGGGUUGGUUACCAAUGUUUUGCGAUGCCUCUAAAUUAUCAGAUGACGCGUGCGUGGGUUCGGCUGUUUGGAUUCCUAAUUCACGCAUCAUACUUUCUUUUAAAUCUCCUCCCUGUACCUCUGUAUUUACAGGAGAAUCUAUAGCAAUACUUGAAGCUGUUCGAUUUGCCCAAUCGCAUAAAUUAGAUAAAUCUAUAAUUUUUUCCGACUCUUUAAGUAGUCUUCAGGCCAUAAUGUCCAAUCCAUUCCGCUCCAAAUCUAAAUUCCCUAUUACCUUGAAAAUAAGACAGACAUUGUUUGAGUGUGCUCUACAUAACCUUAAAAUAGUACUGGCCUGGAUUCCGGGUCAUGAAGGGAUUCAUGGCAAUGAAACUGUGGACUCCUGUGCAAAAUUUGCGACUCAGAGUGGUUCCUUGGAAUACUACAAUUACUUCAGCCAAGACUUAUGUCUUUUGUCCCUUACUCGACUAACUCGCACAUGGAAUGAGCAGUGGCGGGUAUCUAAAUCGGUGAAGGGAAAAUACUAUGGAGACAUUGUUCCAGAUAUCCCAGUCAAACCAUGGUUUUCAAGUUCCGUCAAUUGGACAAAACUGCUAUUUCCACUAUCUGUCGUCUUCGUUUCGGCCAUGCAUGCACCCCGAUUCAUCUGGCAAAAUUAAGGGUUAGAGACCAUUCACUUUGUGAAUGUGGCUUGGAGGAAGGAAGCGCCGAUCAUUUAUUCUUUAAUUGUCCCAAAUUACGAUAUCCCCUAUAUAAUAUUCUUCCUGAUAACGUCUCCCGCCCCACUAGUUUCAAGUGUAUCCUCUCCUUAGUAGACUCUCCCUUUGUUAGACAGCUAUGUAAAUUUAUAGAAAUUAACAAAAUAAAGUUAUAACAUAGAUCACUAACAUUUGGGGAAAACAUCAAUUCAAUACGCUACGAGGGAAAAAAAGAGAGUCAACUGUCACUCAAAAACUGUCUUAACGUAGUGGUUAUAUUCUCUAUGGAACUGUCAAAUCCCCUUCGUUUAUCUUCUCCCAUUAACAAAAGUCUUCAUCAUAAAGACAUUCAACUUUAAUACCCAGAUUAAUACCUCAGUAAUCUGCAGUCUGAAACAACGUGACAUUGGCGGAAUAGCUUCAUAAUCAAGCUCGUCGCCAGUAAUCAAAGAAGAAGAAGA